ACAGUAAAAAAAUUUAAAAAGUGCGAGUCGAAGGUAAAAAGUUCAUAAAGAAAGAACAGCCAGCCGCCAAGAAUCUCGUAUAGGAAAAGGGCAGGCAAGACAAAUAUUUUUAAGGCAGUUAUGUGAUAAAAUGAAUUUCAUCGGAAAUCAUUAAAAUUUGCAUUACAUAAAGGAAAGCCGGAUAAGAUGGAACAUGAAAAGUCGUAAAAAAGACGUUAAAAUUACUUUCUUUUCCAAAAAUAAUUAUAUAACUGUUAGUUUGGACUGUCUUAUGAAAAGUUACAAAUCGGCAAGAAUGGCGUUAUUAAAGUUCAGUUAUCCAAAGCAUCAUUUGACGUGAAGUCCACGCUAUUGUCAGCUAUAUAGGAGUAAAGCUUUGAUUCAAUCCGUAUGUUCCAUCGUGUCCGCCUUUUCCUUAUCUGUGGUGGUCGCUAUUGUAGAAAAAAAAAGGUAGAGAAAGAAAGAAUAGCGUACAGCUGUUUUCUCAUUUUGUGGUCAACACGAAACGAAAGAGAGAGUGAUGGGCGACAUGACGUGACGGCACGCGCCUCGCCGAACGUACUUUAUACUGAAUAAAUUGCGACGCACUCGCAGUCUUUUUCCGGAGGAGGAACGAGCAGCCGAGGCACUGAUUCGUUACUACGGAGUUAAAGAAAUCCUAUUACCGCCCCGAAAACUCGGAGAGAGAAUGCCGUCGUUUUUAAUGGAAUUCUAUAAUAGCCUCGUGAGCGAGAUGUCGUACGCUUUGUCAGCGAGAGCGAUCGAGGAGGGAAGUGCCGUUGCACUGAGUGAACAAAGUUCCAAGGAUCUUCCUCCUGAGCCGCCAAUGUGGCUGACGAGGAAUCCCGAAGAAAUUCGACAUAUGCUCGCCUGCUAUAUAAAGGCUCUACGUGAGGAAUCUAAUUUCUGUGAGAAAAUGAAAGAUCCCGUAAAGGAACUAUUUGAUAGUCUCGAGAGGAAAUCGAUUCCAGAGCCCGACCCUAUGCGGCCGGCCAAGAAAGUCUGCAUUAUUUUCCACGGCGCGCCGUUCACCGAAUAUCAAGAGACCGCAUGUAGGAGCGCUAAGGUUCUGCGAGUGCCUUUACUAUGUAUCGACAAAGUUAUGAUCGAGGGAAUCGCUCUCGGCGACGAUAAAUUUUCUAUCGAGACGCGACAGAUCAUCGACUACGCGUAUCAGCAUUAUUUGUCACAAAUGGAGAAAUACAAACAGGUCUUGGAAACUACACUGCUAGAAGCAGAAAUAACCAAAUUUGUGGAACAUAACGGAGAGAUAGUGACGCAUGAGAUAUCACCUGAAAAUCCGAAAUCGCCUCUGAUACUCGAUUCAAAGACGGUGCCUGAGAUUAAUAGACAUUCCGAGAGUGACGCGCCAUCCCGUGAACCAAUUACUCGAUUUGAAGAGGAACUCGCAAAAAUUCCGCGAGAGCAAGAUUUAAAAUUCCUGGAUCCCGUGAGUCUUUACGAAAGUAAGAUUCAAACGAUCCUGCUGUUGGAGAAAAAUCUGCCCAAUUAUGUGACAAAAUUGACAAAAGAGAACGUCGGCGAGAGAGAUGCUAGUAGAAUACAAGAUGACACUUUUCUCGGAAUUGAUGCUCACUUAUUGACCGAAGUUCUUCGAGAAAGGCUAUCGUUGGCGGACUUCAAAAAGGGCUUUGUGCUGCAGACUUUGAAUAAUGUCUUCUUUAAAAGCGAAAUCAAGACGCUAUUCGCAUUGUUCGACAUCGUCGGGCACGUGGAAUAUUCAUUGUUUGUGACUUUUAUGAACUCAAUGGAUAAAUAUAUUCGGAAAAUGAACGAGUUGCGUGAAUUGGAAGCGAGAAGAUUGAUGGAAGAAACUAAUAAAAGAAUCCAAGAAAUUGACGAAAUGUGGUUAUCCGAAUAUGAGCUACUCGCAGAAGAUGAGAAGAAGUUUUAUUUGGAAUCGACUUUGCCGAUAAAGAAGCGAGAAGCAUUACAAAGGCGAACGCAAUUUCUUCAACAGAUGACAGAGCUGCGAAAAAGAGAAAAAUCUUCUUCAGAAUCUUUCAACGUAGAUACCGCAAAAAGUAGGAAAAUAGAUAAAAUAACGAAGGACGAGGAAUCCAAUAAACAGGAGGAAAAAUUCCGAACUUCCAAAGCGUCGGUCAGCAAGAAAACGACUCAAGAUCCUAAAGAACUGGAAACCAGAAGCGACUUGAAACCAGAGAAGCAGGAAAUGCCAGAAGAGCUGAAGAAUAUUGCCAAAGCUAUGAACAAUUAUCACAGCAAUCUCUCGGUCAUAGAAAACAUCAUAAAAAAUUGGGAUCCUCUUAAAAAGAACACGCUUUUCACGACAAACGGCGAAAUCGUGAAAACCGGUAAAACAGGAGACAAGAGUCCCGAUGUCAGUGAGGUGAUAUAUAAUUUAGCGCGCUUUGCAUUUUCGAUACGCCUGCCGUGCGGGAACUUUCGCUAUAAUUUAUUUCAGCAGACUCACGCGAGCGAAUUUCGUAUCUGGUACGUAAACGCCAAGGAUCCGUGGGAUCGGGUGAUGUACGACGUGGUGGUUAACCAGAUGAGCGAAAAUAGCUCAGCCAAAGAAGCUCUUCCUGUUGAAGUCUCGCCGGAACUGGACCUCUCGCCGAAGAGAUAUUAUAUUCUCAAACCGAGUUGCAUAAGGAAACGAGACACCGAGGUUGAUGGAAUCUAUGACAUAGUCUCGUUGUCUGCAAUGAACGAGUCAACGUUCGCGGCGGUCGAUUCUUCGAGUGCGAACGCGCUUAAUAAUCGAGCGAAUCACUCCGAAAAUGCCAGACGUCGAGAACGAUCGCGUCACGUCAGUAAAACCGAAGACGCUGUUUCGUUGAACGCAUCCACGAUCGAGAACAAAGACACCGUCGAAUCCAACGCGGAUACAAUAAUGUUGGAGGAGAUGUUGAAGCCACGAUGGAUUUUGCAGCCGGGCGAUAGUCAGUGGUUCAAGAUCCGAUAUCACCCCGAGGAAAUGGGAACUCACCGACACACAUACGCAUUAUCCGUCAUCGACGGCGAUGAUGUAACUUACGACAUCAACGUUCGCGGAAUCGCGGAUGUCCCGCGGCUGGAUAUGAAUCCUAAUGCUGUCUUUUCAAAAGUAGAAAAAAUGAAGAUUGCCGACAUACACGAUCCUGCGUACUUUCUCGACAGUACUGCUUACGAUUUUGGAGCCUUAUUGGUGUUUCGGAAAGAUAAAAGUGAACAUCGUCGUGAUGCGGAAUUUAAAUUCCGCAACAUAUCUAAGAUUGACGCGGAAGUGUAUUUCUGCUUAGAGGAAAAUAUUCCAGACAUUUUCAUUUUGGAUAAAGAGAAGCUUUGCAUUCCAGCUGAACAAUGUAGAUCGUUGAAGAUAUCGGCGGGUGUUACGAAGCUUGGCUCAUUUAUCGACAAGAUGCAUAUAUGUGUGGCGAAUAAUCCUCACGUCGAUAUAUUCGAGCUUCGAUGCAAUGGCUCGAAAUUGGAUAUCGAACUUGAAGACAAACAAGUGUACUUUGGCCAAGUGCUUCUGUAUAGACGAGACUUUCUCACUCGUGCCAUUCGAAACAGAUCCCCGGUUCCGAUCUUUUGGCGUCUAGUUCCCGAUGGAUCUUUGGAUUCUCAAAUAUCGUUCGCGCCGAUCAGCGGAAUCGUCAAAGCUGGUAGUGAUCAAGAGAUUGAGUUCUGUUAUCACGCCAGCAAGAUUGGAACGGUUCACGCGAGUUUAACUGUCGAGGCUUUCUUCCACGAGAAUGACGUAGAAUCGAUUUUUACGGAAACCCUCUGUUUAUCUGGCGAAACGUACGAUGUAGCUGUUGACAUUAAUCAUGCAAAUCCAAUUGACUUAAAGUGCGUGAAAGUUGGCUUUCUUACAAGUGCAAACUUCACAAUAAGUAAUCGAGGAAAUUAUGAAGUUAAAUAUGUCAUACUUUUGGAGGAACGAGAUAAAGCCAUGGUUACAUCCAGUUUAUACGCCAGACUAAAGAAAGAGAUUGAAAUUAGUCCUGCGUCUGGUUCUAUCGAAUCACAGAAAGAGACAAUAGUAAAGAUAACUUUUCUACCAGAAAACGAAAUUACUCUGAAAGAGUGUCCAAUACUUAAGUGCCAUCUUCUCGAUACUAACAAACAAGCCGCUGUGAUUGCACAAAUUCCAUUGACAGUUUCCGUAAUUGCUUAUUAUACAAGAUUCCGCGUUUAUCCUUAUCCUGAAGUUAACUUCGCCUCACUUGGUGUGUGCACCGAAGAGACGAUGAAUCUGCAUAUUGAAAAUACUGGACAGUUCCCCUUCCAUUAUUUCAUUCAGCAAGCAUCCAUUAAACACCCAUCGAACGCCUACGUGACGCUGGUUAAGAAGGAAAACGUAACUGGAAAGGAUUCCGACAAAGCGACUAAUACGUUAGACAAGAAUAAAAGCAAAGUGCCAGAAUUUCCAACUAAGUUGCAAGUCGGCCCUUUUACCGUAACAAAGACCGAGGGGAACGUGCGACCAAACGAGGUCGAUAUCGUAACGAUAAAAUGCUACCCAGAAUUCGUAGGCUCUCAGGAGGAGCAAAUACUAAUUCUUAUACCAGACAGCAUUUCCGAGGAACGAAAUGGCAAAUUAAUAACACUUUCUGUGAAUUCCUGCGUACCUACGGUCGACUUUCACAACCUCGACGCUAUGUUCCUAGGAAAUCAUAUAAUAGAUCGUGUCCAGGACUUUGUCUGCCAAAAAGAGAUUGGCGCGCAUACCGUAUUUGCACGUCAAGAGAGGUGCCUGUAUUUUCGCCAUGUCAAAGUGCAUCACACUUAUACAGCGUAUUUCCUGCUUUACAACCGGAACGUGAUACCUGCUGAUGUGGAACUGACUCUACAGCUGGAGUCAUUUUCAUCCGCGACCAUUGAACCCGACACGUUCGUAGUGACACCCGCAAAAGAACGCGUUUCGCCGAUGAGUCAGAAGAGAUUCGCGAUUUCGUUCAACCCGACACUAUUAGAGACAUGUCAUGCGGUUCUCGGAAUAAAGGUUGAGCAGCCCUCGCACUUAAAGGACGAGAAGUUCUUUGUUAAAUUAACGGGACAGGCUUGCGUGCCAGAAGUUACAAUAGUGAAGCCACCGUAUGAAAAACGAGAAGGAGCUGUACUCAACUUCGGCCUUACGCUUGUGAACGAUUGCGCUGCGAAAAGCUUCGCUUUCCAAAACGUCAGCGUGAUAUCCGCCAAAGUGAUCGUCGAGAUCUAUGUGGACCCGCAAUUCCUCUUCACUUUCGGAGCUCGCGACGACGAAGACGACUCGACUAAUGGACGGGUUUGCCAAGCUGAACGAAAGUCGAGCGAUCGAUGCGUCGUGGUUCAUUUAACGCCCGGGGAAACGGCGUCGAUCGAAGUGAAAUUCAACCCGCGAGACGUCGGUAAAUACGAGGGUCUGGUGCGAUUAUUUGUCGCUGAUAAUCCCGAUGAGAAUCUUACGAUCGGCCUGAAGGGCGAGGUGUAUGCGGAAUUAGUCGUACUGGAGGGACUGGAACUCGCGAGUGCAAAAUCCACCGUUCUCAACGAAAAACAGAAGUCCAAUUCCAAACAAAAAAGAUCGUCAUCACGAUCGGGCAGCGUAACAGAAGGUGAAAUAUUAUCACCAGCAUUUAUCCCGGUCACAUUGAUCUACAAACUAAACUACGGAUGCUGCUUUGUCAACAAGAUGUACAGAAAAAACUUCAGGAUCGUCAAUAAAUCGGCGGAUCGGCACUUGCGAUUCCAAUGGAGCGCGCAUCCCAAUAUUGUAUUCACUCCGUCUGUCGGUCAUCUCAAGUGUCUGACUCGCAAGGAAAUAAUCGCGACGUUUCUCUCCUCGGAACCAGCGAGCUAUGUCGACACGUGUCUCCACUGUACGGUCUGCACAAUCGAGCUUGUUGAUCCCACGAAAGAACGCUGCUGGGACGAUCGGAAGACGGAGGUGCGAUGGCUGGCGAUAAAUUCCGACGACGUGGCGAGUGAGCAAGGGAUAAAUGCUGAAACGUUCGUGAGAAAAGCAGUCGAGCCCGUUAACGAGCCGAACCACGAAAUCGUAUCUGACACGACGAAGUGCAUCCAAGUGUUACUUAACGCGACCGUGGCAUUCUCCAAGUACUCUUGCCUCAUUAAGGAGAUCAAUUUCAAGGACACGCUAAUGUUUCAGACGCGCGAAUACGUGUUCACCUUCUCGAAUACUGGUGCGGUCGACGUGGAGUACAUGUGGCAGAUAAAUAUGGACGAGCAGUACCCGAUGAGACGAACCGCAAAUUAUUCGCGACUCACGCUGGGACCACAGGGAGAUAUGCGAUCUGCGACUAACUCGUUGGUACACACUCAUGAGUCUCGCCAGCGACCUGAUCAAUAUCACGCGGCGGAGCUAAACGAUAAAGGCGCUAAAUUAAAUCGACGAUGUCUGACGUCAUCUCGAGAAGAUAUCGUCAAGAUAAAACUACCUGCUAGCGCCCACGAUCCAUCCGAUCUCUUCAGCAGUAGUGCCGGAUUGACAGAGCGAAGUAGCGACAGUUGGUUAGAGAGUGACGAUUUGCCGUUUGGGAUUUACCCCGAAAAGGGAAUCCUGCUGCCGGGUGAAUCGGCAAAAUUCACCCUGCGAUUUUCUCCUACGGACGUGUUCGACUACAAAGCGUAUCUCACAUGCAAGACGCGCGAAUACGUGUUCACCUUCUCGAAUACUGGUGCGGUCGACGUGGAGUACAUGUGGCAGAUAAAUAUGGACGAGCAGUACCCGAUGAGACGAACCGCAAAUUAUUCGCGACUCACGCUGGGACCACAGGGAGAUAUGCGAUCUGCGACUAACUCGUUGGUACACACUCAUGAGUCUCGCCAGCGACCUGAUCAAUAUCACGCGGCGGAGCUAAACGAUAAAGGCGCUAAAUUAAAUCGACGAUGUCUGACGUCAUCUCGAGAAGAUAUCGUCAAGAUAAAACUACCUGCUAGCGCCCACGAUCCAUCCGAUCUCUUCAGCAGUAGUGCCGGAUUGACAGAGCGAAGUAGCGACAGUUGGUUAGAGAGUGACGAUUUGCCGUUUGGGAUUUACCCCGAAAAGGGAAUCCUGCUGCCGGGUGAAUCGGCAAAAUUCACCCUGCGAUUUUCUCCUACGGACGUGUUCGACUACAAAGCGUAUCUCACAUGCAAGAAGUAUAAGGCUUUAUACAGGGUGUCCCGUGAGGUCGAGAGUGAGGAAACAUGGAAGCACAGCGUGGGACAAGAGCUUUCUCUCUGGGAAACCCCACAGAGAACCAGAAAUACUGGCUACGGGACAACAAUAACAAUCUCGGAACAAAGAGAUGACCUACCAGACUUGUAUCGACUCGUUCGGCCAUCUUUUGCGUUGGAAUUAGCAUUGAGUAACGAUUAUUCGACGCGCGAAUACGUGUUCACCUUCUCGAAUACUGGUGCGGUCGACGUGGAGUACAUGUGGCAGAUAAAUAUGGACGAGCAGUACCCGAUGAGACGAACCGCAAAUUAUUCGCGACUCACGCUGGGACCACAGGGAGAUAUGCGAUCUGCGACUAACUCGUUGGUACACACUCAUGAGUCUCGCCAGCGACCUGAUCAAUAUCACGCGGCGGAGCUAAACGAUAAAGGCGCUAAAUUAAAUCGACGAUGUCUGACGUCAUCUCGAGAAGAUAUCGUCAAGAUAAAACUACCUGCUAGCGCCCACGAUCCAUCCGAUCUCUUCAGCAGUAGUGCCGGAUUGACAGAGCGAAGUAGCGACAGUUGGUUAGAGAGUGACGAUUUGCCGUUUGGGAUUUACCCCGAAAAGGGAAUCCUGCUGCCGGGUGAAUCGGCAAAAUUCACCCUGCGAUUUUCUCCUACGGACGUGUUCGACUACAAAGCGUAUCUCACAUGCAAAACGGAGAAUCCCGAUCCGGAACUGACCGAGUUGGUUAUUCCCAUUGCGGGAAGAAGUUUGCUCCCGUACUGCCACUUCGACGUACCGGAAAGCGACUAUCCGUCGGACGGUAGACGCGACGCGAAACUACCAGGUCCCAUCGAUUAUCAAGCAGCAACCGAUGGCUCGCUUCCGCCAGAUACAAGAGUAAUUGAGUUCAACGUGGUCGGGAUCGGUGAGACUCAUGUGAGAAAAUUCCGCAUGAUAAAUCCAACGUCGGAUGAUUAUCGUUUCGCAUGGAGUGAUCGAACCCGUCACGCGGAAGGCCAGAUUCCGAAUUUUCGCUGCGUGCUGUCGGAGGGUGUCGCCGAGCGUGGAAAGCAGGUCGAAUUCACCUUCGUGUUUCUCGCGGACCGCGUUGGCACGUUCGAGUCUUUCUGGUUAUUCUCCAUCGAAAAGUACAAUCUGGAAUGUCUCUUCCUGAUAGUCGCGUUCGUCAGAGAACCGCUGAUUUAUUGUCCAAUUGCUCAUCUAAGAAUGAAACCGACCGUAUUAGGUGUUACCGUGCGAGAGUCAAUAUGUAUAGUCAACGACGAGGAAUUUCGAAUGCACUUUGAGGUGGUGCGCGACUCUUUAUAUUCCGAGGGACGCUUGCAGAACUUGAAGAUAAUGCCUAUGAGCGGAAUUUUAAACGCAAGAAGCGAACAGAUUCUAUGGCUCGAGUAUCAACCCACUAUGGUCGGCGAAUUUCAAUUUCCUGUCAAAUGCGCUGUGAAGAAACUGAAGGCGCCGCUCAGCAUCCUCGUUACGACAAUUACUUACGACAUCGUCCGUUACAUAUAGUCUGUUUGAUAAGAGCAUGUCCGAUAAAACUUGAUAAAUAAUUUAUUGAAAUGAUUUGGAAUAAAACAUAUACAUACUACUUGGUUAGAACUGUGAUGCUUUAUUAUUACUAACUUGUCCUUUAUUAUCAAUAAUUGUCUGGCAUCUCCGAGGCAUUCUUUCAAUUAA